AACGAGUUUGACUUCUGUGAUUCGGCAUAAUAUCUCCGCACCCUGGGCAGAGACGAACAGGUCAGAUCUUCCACGACUUUUGACAGAUAAACAAUGUCAAUGAAAGUAUUCCUCGCCGCCCUGGUUACCUUGGCUGUUCCACUGGUCAGUGGUCAACUAUGUACGUCAUUACGAUCUCUUGUACGAGUGAGCAAGUGUACAGGCUGUGAACACAGCAAUGUACUGCCCUUUUUUGAGAACUACUUGUCCGGUUAUGCUAGAAUAGAAGAGGUCUUGGUUGACCAGGCUGCAACACUCCCGGACGAAAUUUGCACUAACAGCACUUUGAUGGAGGGGGCGAAAUUGGCUAUUCCGUGCCUGUACGCCGAGUUGGACCAGUGUUGGAGUUUUUAUUCCGACACAUUCCCUCGACAACAGGGUCUUCUCAACUUCAUCAGCGAUAGCUGCCAGCUGUCAGAUUCUGAUCGCUUAUGUUUUCUCGCUGCAGCGCGGUCUUCCAAAGUUAAGCAGAAUUGUGACAACAACAUAUACGGUUACGAAGACGAGUGCGAAAGAUGGGGGAAUGCAACAUCGUGUAUCGGGAAGGAGGUCCAGUCAGAGUGUGGCGACAGCUUGUUGAGCUUCUACAAUAAGCACAUCCCAGAGCUCUCACCAGUUAAAUGCUUGCCCACCAGCAGCCCCCAGUCCACUCCAGAUUUUGUGAUUGGUUGACGUUAUUACUUUGUAUGUAACUGAUGACAACCUCCGUUAAAGCCAGUUGGGUAUAUGAGAUACCUUGUCGGCGAACGAAAGCUUCUCCAAGAAAAGAAUAAAAGACAAAUAGAAAAUAUGA